GCUCCCUUCUUGUCAAUCCUAUACGUGGAGCUUGUUGACUGGCGUGUGAGAAGUGCUGGUGUGAGCUGCGGGAAAUACUCAGAUCUAAGCAGCGUUUCAGUUUGCUCGUCUUCAUUGCGGAGUGCAAGGUUGUGAGAGGACAGCUAAGACCACCGGUUGGGACUACGAGAGGCAAGGAAGCAUGUCAAAAAAGGUGGCGGUAAGCAUGGAGGAAAAUCCACCUAAGGUCAACAAGUGGGAUGGAAAUGCUCUCAAGAAUGCUCUUGAUGAUGCAGUAAAAGAUGUGCUGCUGACACAGUUCAGCUAUGUAGAGAGCCACAAACUACUUGAUGGCCGUCUUAUCAUCUCUUCUGUUGCUGUGGGAUUCUCUAUCUUUGCUCUUGUAUGGGACUGGCUCUAUCCAUUCCCUCAGUCAAGGACUGUGAUGUGUGUGUGUGUGGUGUCUUACUUUGUGAUGAUGGGUGUGCUUACUUGGUACACCACCUGCCUAGAGCGUGGCAUCUUCUGCACUGCCCUUAACAAGGAUGCGGCUGGCAUUGAUCCUGAUGAUGUGUGGAAUGCCUCAUCAUCCCUCAAGAGGUUUGACAACAAAUAUCACUUGCGCCUUAAUCAGCGUAUGGGCAAAUCUGGAAAAGGUAAAGAAGCACACACUACACUCACCGUAGAGAACUUCUUUGAUGAGACUGGCCGGCUGCUCUAUGGUGCUGUGGCCAAGGAAGUUCUGCGCCUCCACUCUGAUGUGGAGAAUAAAAAGAACUAGCAGACUUUAGGUCAGGGGUGUGGAGAUGGAAUUGAAGAGUCCAGGAGUCAGAUACUUUUGGCUGGAGUUGGAGGUGAUGAAAACAUCCCUAACUUUGGUUAUUCUAGAUCAGUUCUCAUGUAAAUUAUUAGGCCCACUUUACCCUUUAGUGGUAAAUUCUUUGAUAUUUAUGAGAGGAAUUAAUUUCUAUGAUAACUAUUGUGAGUGUUGAUUUCAAGCAAGUAAUUUCUGGAAUAUUUAAUGGGGAUACUGGUUUAAUCCAUUUUUUUAAUAUACCAUUUUGUGAAGUUUCACAAUAAGUAAUAUAUAGAUUGCUUUUAUUUCUAUGUUGUAUACAAUCUUGUAGUAAUGGCAUCUGCUGUGUAUCUACUACUGCACUGCAGGAAAAGGGGGAAGAGAAUGGAAUUGGAGUCAGAAUUAUGACCUUUAAAUCUCCUGGAGUCAUAGAGGGAUUUUUGAGAUUCUGACUCCACAUCCCUGAUUUAGGUUCCCUCUAUCAUAAGGAUUGAUAUUGUUUUGUUUUUAUCAUUGUUUUUUCACAGUACAGUAAAUAUGUUUGAGUACUUAGGGAUCAGAUCAUUGUAAGUCAGUACAGUAUUCAGAUGGAAUCUAGUACCUUAAUGUAUUCAGUUACAUCACAUUCUCAUUGUAGUUUGACUGGGAAAAAAUGGUUUUGUACACUA